GGCUGACUGACGGGGGCGAAGCCGUGUGUUAACGCCGCUGGUAGCAUCGGGCAGCCCGGACCCAACCGCAGCAGACGAAAGGAAAGACUUUAUAUUUGAUAAAAACAACUACUUAAAAGUGAAAAGAUAUCACCGAAAGCGAGUGUCGACACUUUGUUUCCAGCGAGUUAGCAGUUAGUUUCGGGCUAGCUAACUUCAGCUUAGCCAUUGUUAGCUGACAUCUGUAAACACUGGCUCUGUGUGUAGCUUUAGCCAAACCAGCACAAUGAGCUCCGAAGCGGCCGCAGCGGCCACGCAAGCCUCCCCGGACGAUGACGGCAUGACGUGGUGGUACCGAUGGCUGUGUAAAAUAGCCGGGGUCCUGGGAGGAAUCUCCUGUGCCGUCGCAGGAGUGUGGAACUGCGUCACCGUGAACCCUUUGAACAUAGCUGCAGGAGUGUGGAUGGUGUUGAACGCUUUUGUGCUGUUCCUGUGUGAAGUGCCAUUCUGCUGCCAGUUCAUAGAGUUUGCUAAUGCAAUAGCAGCUCGUGCAGACAAACUCAAACCGUGGCAGAAAGCCCUCUUCUACUGCGGGAUGGCUCUGUUUCCCGUAGUGUUGAAAUUCUCCAUGACAACCUUGUUUGGGAACGCCAUCGCCUUUGCUACAGGAGUUCUGUACGGCCUCGCAUCUUUAGGCAAAAAGGGAGAUGCAGUGUCUUAUGCCAGACUGCAGCAUCAGAAACAGGGCGACGAUGAGAGAACGGCAGGGACGGAAAACGGCGCUCCAGUGUGAGGCAUCUACCCUCCAAACCUCCCCCUCUUCUUUUCUUCAGCUCCUGCCCUCCAUUCUUCCUCCCUCCCCCACUAUCACUUCUGUCACUACAUAACAAAGGUAUUGAGUUUAUAUAAUCCCUUUAAAUUGCUGCAUUCUUGUUAUCUGGACCUAAUAAGAUGAUGUUGGAUUCAGCCCAUUAGUUGGUACCUGGUGUGCAAAUCUCUUAAAAUGUAAAAUGUAAAGUUUUGUUUUUAUGUUUCUAUUCCCGCAUAUGGGUUUUAUUUAUUUAUUACUUAGUCCCUUUGUUGCUGCUGUUGGUUGUGAACCCUCUUUUCAGGAAACAUGUGAGUAACUUCUUUGUAGCCCAAGAGCCUUUUAGGAAAUCUGAAUAGUAAUUAAUGUGAUUGUAAAAUGUACAUAUUUGACUUCAGGUUGUUCACUAUGACUUUAAGGCUGUGAUUCAGAGUUGACUGAGAUGUAAAGUGGGUAAAGAUAAGUCAAAAAUCCACAGAUGUUCCGAUUCAUGUUUUUGGCAGCACAACCCAAAUGUUGAUACCAGCUUGUCUAUCAUUGUUAUCAUCGCAAAGAGUUGGGGACCGUGGGGGUUUCCAGCAAACUGGGCCAUCUGCGUUUAAUGUAUCUCAAAUCAUAAAUGCGUAUUUUUAUGCCUGGUACUAUUGUACAGAAACGCAAUUUAGGGCUACAGACUUUUGUAUGACAUACCUACUUUCUGUCAUCACCUUCACUUCACAUUGAUGCGUUUGUAGAUGGGCGUGCGCCUGACGUCAGGGUGUUAUCCGUUCAGCAGGGUCGUCUCACUGUUUGAAUUCUGAGAAUGAAUUAACUGGUUCAUUCGGUUGAUUUCAUUGCUACUGUAAUGUCAUUAUGGUUUCACUACCAGCAUCACCAACUUCAGGUGCAGUACUCGUCGCUCAAGUAUUACAAUGUUCACAGCGAAAUAAUAGAUUUAGAUUUUUCCUCUGAGCUUUAUAAUUAUGAAUCACACAUAAACACAGACACUCAGAGCUGCAUAUAGACUAGUAACAAUUGUAGAGUAGAAUUCACUUUCAUCGAAAAAACAGUUUUUAGAUUCCUUAAACAUCUUUGGGAUUACUCUGCAGACUCCACCCUAUGUGCCUGAGAGUUGCAUCCUAGAAAUGGCAAGUUUGAAGUUUAGAUACAAACUGAGGGAUUUUGGUGUUAUAGUGUUACACCCCCUGCACACAUACAACUCUGAACUGCAGCUUCAAAUUAUUUAUGAACACAUACGGGCAUUAGGGAUGUUUUUAACAUCAGGGAAUGUAUCUGGUGAACCCAAAGACACAGAAAGUUGAAAGUUUAGUUUUAUUUUGUGCUUUCAUAUGUUUAUUUUCCCCCUUUGGUAUAAGCUCAGUUAAAGCAAAGCUGCACUAAAUUUUGGUAGCAUUGAAAAGAGGGAAUUUCAUUUAGAGCUUUCGGUGCAUGGGUCCUUGUUUACGAACGGUUGCUUGUGUCGGAGCAGCCGGUAGCCAGGAUGUGGCUGCAGAUGUUGUGGCACGUUAUGCACCGGAAAAAUGGAAAGUGCGCUUAUUUUAUUGGCUUAAAAAGGUGUCGUGCUUUUCUUUCCUUUUCAAUUCAGUUCCUGAAUAUUUGUUUGUGUUUUGUUACGAGUCUUAAUUAGUGCAUUAACCGACCAUUACAUUUGAAUGAGGGGUAGUGAGUUGAUUCAGGGACUAAUUGGUGUGUAUCCCACCCAAUCCUCACAACCACAGCUUGUCUUUGUCAUUCAAAUGAGUAGCGCAGUGGCCGACAAAUAUACAGGUUGUGUUAGUGUUGUUUUGUGGCCUUGCCUCCGUUGUAUUGCCGGUAACAAGGAAUAAGUGUUGACACAAACCUCUUACAGCUGUCUCCUGCUCGUGUCUUGUUACUGGCCGGUCAGUGACUCGGUGGAUUGCUCGCACAUCACCACCAGCUCUCAGGUGACAUACUUUGACAAUGAACAGCGUAAAGAUACAGUUAAGAAAGUGGUGUAUGAUCAUAGAUAUAUGACAACUAGUGUGACUUAUCACUAGGCCUGUCACGAUAACACAUUUUUCUGUGCGAUUAAUUGCCCCAGAAAUUAUUGCGAUAAGCGAUAAUAUUGCCGUUUUGACACCAUUUUCAACUUAUAUAAUGAUAAUGGCAUAAUAAUGCAAGUACACCCUUUCGAAGAUCAAUAAACCUUUUAUUUUUAAAGAACACUGGAACUGGACAUCUGGAAGACAUUUAAAAUAUCCAGAAUUAAUUAACAAAACAUCCAAAAACAAUAAAUAAAAUUAUUUUAACCAAAAAUGCUCUUGAAUAAAAACCAAACACAACCAAAAACAAGGAAUGUGUUUUAGGUGAAGAUGCAGGUUUGUUGUAUUGCCGCGUUUUGUCAAUAUUGUUUUCAAACAAAUGCGACAUGUCGGCUCGCAUAGGUUAUUUGGUUCGCCCCGGCCGUUGGGUUUGAAGCCGAAGUGCUCCCACACGGCAGCUGUCGCGUUCGGCUUAGACACCAACUCCAUCUUUUUAUUCUUCCAAAUGUUUUUUCUCUUGCUCUUCUCCUCUUGGGACUUCAUGCUGUACUCUGCACUGUGCAACGCCAGGGCUCCGCCUCCCACAUAGAGACCAAUGCUACAAGUGACUGACACGUGACGAGUGGGUUAACUUAUUGUGCCCUCAGCUCGGCCUUUAAGGCUGCGCUGCAGGAAAUAAUAACCAUCACCAACUGAAUGCCUAACCCUGCGCGCUGCCUUGAAGAAAUCAGUUGGGGCAAAAAAACACCAAUCCGCCGAGAGGGCAGAUACACCGGAUUAAAAACUUUUGAUAUCCAGUUACUUUGAAGCGUGCGGAUGGAAUUUAUUGCAGCCGGCAAAAAAAUUAUCGCUCAUUUUAAUUUAUCGCGCAAUUAAUUGAUUUAUUGCAUAUAGCGACAGGCCUACUUAUCACCCUACCAGAGCUAAUGUAAAAACAUUUGAAAUGUUGAUGCUCACAAGAGGUUAAACACCAAGUACACACCAGCGAUAUGCUACAGUCUGACACACAUACUACAUACAUUCGCUCUUAUACGCAGGUUUAAUAAGACGUAAAAACACUGCUCUCGUUGUCCAAAGCUGUCCACCCACCUGUCCAUUUUGAAUUGUAUUGUGUGCCCUCUGAUGUAAGGGUUGUGUAAAAUGUGUGUUCUGAUGUGAAUCCUCAUCCUGUAAUGAAUUAGUGAAUUAAAACAAACUUCCUACUA